AUGGCCCGCAGACGACCACGCGCUCGCAAGAACGCGAUCGGUCGAGCAGCGUGCUCCUUCGCGGCCCUAUCUACACUCUUUGCUGCCACAAGCCAAGCCUCGCCAGUCGCUACUCCCCACGACCGGAGAGCCUACUUGCCUAGCUUUGGCAUGGGGUAUGGCGCCAGCACGAGCGCGAACGCGACGGAAACCUAUGUUUGCAAGCCGCUCAGUGCCUGUCAGACCUGUACGCCAGACGAGCUCCAUAAUGACCCUGCGUGCGCACCCUAUGGCAACAAGAUCAGCCUGUCCUGUUUGUACGUGCCCGCCGAUGCAGACUCGACUUUAGCACGCAAGAGACGAAGGAAGCGAGAUGCGCAAGGACUCGCGGAUGAAUCCGUAGACGGAGAAGAGACAGAGAGUGAUACGAGCAUAGACGGAGAGGCAGACGAAGCGAGCAAAGCGAUAGAACAGGGUCUGCUCGGCCAAGUCGAGUUAGACCGACCUUGCGCUCGCGUUGUAGCCAAAGAACGCGCAGACUUUGGCGAGUUCGUUCUAUGCAACGUCGCGUUUGCCUUGCUAGGAUUGGGCGUACUGUCGUUCAGACAGAGAAGUCUAGCGGCUCAGCAGUAUCUCCGUUCGCACAGAAGAGAUGCAAGCGAGUACAUGAGGAGCAUAAAGUGA